UCCGUAAAUACUGUGUUGUGUUAGUUCUAGUGGUUUCAUGUUCUUAUUUAGUCAUUUCUGUACUAUUGUUCUAGAAGGUUCUUUCUAGUAUUGUUUUUGUAUAAAUAGCCUGUGUAUUUUGUAUCAGAGUUCUGAUUUAAUGAAUUAUUGAAGUUAUCUCACUGGCGACGAGGAUUGUGGAUCAAGUAGCCUACAGCAAUGGCAGCCACACACUAUGGAACUCUCAACAAUUACAGACCAGACCAAGAGUCUAUCAAGACCUACCUGGAUCAGGUAGACCUCUACUUCACGGCGAAUACAGUCCCUGAUGAUAAGCAAGUACCUAUUCUCCUCAGCUCCAUUGGUGCAACGACGUACAGUCUUCUAUGUGACUUGCUUGCACCUGAGGCUCCCAAAUCGAAGACAAAGGGAGAAAUAUUUGCUGCACUACGGAAGCACUACGAACCGACACGAGCGGUGAUCGCAGAACGUUUUCAUUUUCAAAAAAGGGAUCAAGUCCCUGACGAAUCUUUAGCAGAAUACGAUGCAGCUCUACGCAAGCUGGCAACACACUGCAAUUUUGGGGCGUAUCUCACUGAAGCCCUACGUGACCGUUUCGUUGCAGGACUCCGAAGCGAAGCAAUGCAAAGAAGACUAUUAGCCGAAACAGAACUUACUUUGAAGAGAGCAAUGGAAAUCGCACAGGGAAUGGAAGCAGCAGAAAGCAACACCAGAGCACUCAAGGCCAGCAACCCCUCCAUCAAGAGCAUACAAAGCAAAAGGAGACCGCAGCCAAACCAACCUUGUUACCGCUGUGGAAAGUCGAAUCACUCUGCAGCUGAUUGCCGUUUCAAGGAUGCAGAGUGUCACUCAUGUGGAAAGCAGGGACACAUAGCACCAGCCUGCCGCUCCAACCCACCCUCUCAGUUCAAGAAGACAGAGAAGAGACGAUUCAAAACUCACCUAGUGGAACCAGAUGGGAACAGCUCGACCGACUCAGAAGCUGACACUUACCACCUAUACCGAUUGACCGAGCCUUCUACACAGCCGAUCACAGUUACAGUCAAGAUCGAGGAUACUCCACUCAAGAUGGAAAUCGAUACCGGAGCUGCAAUAUCUAUUAUCUCUGAGGCCACCAGAAAGGCCAAGUUCUCUAAAUUCAAGCUGCGUAAGUCAAAUAUUUUGCUAAAGACAUAUACAGAUGAGGCUAUGAUGGUAACGGGUCAGAUUAAUGUGUGUGUUAAUUAUGGAGAACAGGUGGCUCGGCUGGUGCUGGUGGUGGUUGCUGGAAGUGGACCAAGUCUUUUUGGACGCAAUUGGCUGAAGUACCUCCAGUUGGACUGGAAAUGUAUUGCAACUGUCAAAUCUCCCCCUGCAGGUACACUAAAGAAUUUGUUACACGAAUACGAUUCAUUGUUCAAGGACGAGUUAGGUACUGUGACCUCACACAAAGCCACUCUCAGAGUACGGCCAGAUGCUACUCCUCGGUUUUUCAAACCACGUCCUGUUCCUUAUGCAACCAAAGAGGCUAUUGGAGAUGAAUUGGACCGCAUGGAGCAACAAGGUAUCAUCCAGAAAAUACCUAGCAGUGACUGGGCAGCACCGUUGGUCGCAGUUCCCAAGAAAGACGGACGUUUUCGACUCUGCGGCGACUAUAAAGUGACUAUCAACCAAGACCUUGAAGUUGAUCAGUACCCCUUGCCUAAACCCGAAGACCUAUUCGCAACACUAGCAAAUGGCUCCCUUUUCACUAAGCUUGAUUUGUCACAAGCGUAUCUACAGGUCGAACUCGAUAAGGACUCUACCAAAUACGUGACUAUCAACACCCAUCAAGGGUUAUACCAGUUCAGCCGACUUCCUUUUGGCGUGGCGUCAGCCCCAGCAAUAUUCCAAAGACUGAUGGACACCAUCCUACGUGGAGUGCCUCACGUUAUCUGCUACUUAGACGAUCUGUUGAUAACAGGAGUGGAUGAAGAAGACCACCUACACAAUCUGGAGCAAGUCCUCAAACUUUUUACGGAACACGGGUUGCGAUUGAAGAAGGAAAAAUGUAUCUUUUUGGCCAAGUCGGUAGAAUAUCUUGGUCAUCAGAUCAGCAAAGAGGGAAUCCAAGCUUUUCCAAGUAAAGUUGAUGCUAUUGCACAGGCUCCAGAACCAAAGAAUGUUCAAGAACUUCGCUCCUUCCUCGGGUUGCUGAACUACUACGGAAAGUUCAUCAAGAAUCUCUCUAGCAUCCUUUACCCAAUCAACCAACUUCUGCAAGCGAGUCAUAAGUGGGAAUGGACACAGGAAUGUCAGGAAGCUUUUACAGAAGCAAAGAAACAACUUACAUCAUCUGAUGUGCUCACUCACUAUGACCCGGACCUACCAAUCAACAUGGCUGCGGACGCGUCAGCCUACGGCAUUGGAGCCGUUAUUUCUCAUGUACUACCAGACGCGGCUGAGAGACCAAUCUGUUUUGCUUCACGCACGCUAACGACAAGCGAACAAAACUAUGCUCAACUCGAGAAAGAAGCACUGGCAUUGGUAUUUGGUACCAAGAAGUUUCACCAGUAUUUGUAUGGCAGGAAAUUCACGUUAAUUACUGAUCACAAACCUCUGACAGCUAUAUUUGGCCCAAAGAAAGGAAUACCGUCCCUAGCAGCUGCUCGUCUCCAACGUUGGGCAAUUUUUCUCUCAGGUUAUGAUUACAAUAUCCAAUUCAAGCCCACUCAAGCACACAGCAAUGCUGAUGCAUUAUCACGUCUCCCCUUGCCAGUACAAGAUUCGUACGAAACGGCUGACAUUAAUGCUAUUCACACUUUCAAUGUGGCUCAAAUCGAAGCUCUUCCUGUAACAUCUCAGCAGGUGCAGACGGCUACCCGACGUGACCCAACCUUAAGCAAGGUGUUAAAGUAUGUCAAAUCAGGAUGGCCACAGAAAGUGACACCGGAUCUACAACCAUAUUUCAACCGCCGUCUUGAAAUUGGCAUCGAAAGUGGUUGCUUGAUGUGGGGAAUUCGCACAAUCAUUCCACAGAACCUGCAUGCAAAGACCCUUCGUGCUCUCCAUGAGAACCACCCUGGAAUGUCCCGAAUGAAGGCUAUUGCCCGCAGUUACGUGUGGUGGAGUGGACUCGAUAAAGACAUCGAAAACCAAGCAAAAGCGUGCCUAUCGUGCCAGGAACAAGCCUCUAAACCUGCAGUAGCACCACUCCAUCCUUGGGUUUGGCCAAACAGCCCAUGGAAAAGGAUCCAUAUUGACUACGCUGGUCCAUUCUUGAACAAAAUGUUUCUAGUGGUUGUAGAUGCCCAUUCCAAGUGGCCAGAAGUGAUUCAGAUGUCUUCCACUACGUCUCAAAACACGAUCGAGGCACUGCAAGCACUAUUUGCUCGGUAUGGACUACCAGAACAGAUUGUUUCCGACAAUGGUGCACAAUUCACAUCCCAAGAAUUUAGCGAUUUUGUUCAAGCCAAUGGCAUAAGACACAUACGAAGUGCUCCAUACCAUCCCUCCACGAACGGCCAUGCUGAACGAUUUGUACAAACGUUCAAAAGAGCCAUGAAAGCUGGAGAGAGAGAAGGACUGAGUUUGAAAACAAGAUUGGCUCAGUUUUUACUGUCAUACCGCUCAACUCCACAUGCUACCACUAACGUCUCACCGAGUGAACUGUUCCUUCAAAGAAAAGUACGUACACGAUUCGAUCUCCUCAAACCAAACACAGAGGGAAACGUAUCUGACAAGCAGAUGAAACAGAAACAGCAACAUGACAAACAUGCUAAACCAAGGACGUUCUCUGUUGGUCAACAAGUAAUGCUCAAAGAUUUCCGAACAAACGGUACAUGGCUUCCAGGAAGCAUUGUACAACAGACAGGACCAGUAUCUUACAAAGUGGAAAUUGGUGGUGGCAGGAUACUACGUCGACAUAUCGACCACAUACGUGAUAGAACUCAUUCUCUUUCCACCACCGAGUCGUCACAAGACGAUAUAACAAAUCCAAACGAUUUCGACGAUACGGCAGCUCACAAGGAUUUGCAAGAUUUUGAAGUUUCCCCUGAUCAGUCAACUGAUCCGUCUCCGACCCCACCUGAUGAGUCACCCUCGACUGGUGCAUUAACAGCUCGACAAUAUCCGCAAAGAAAUCGCAACAGGCCUGAUCGAUAUGGUGGGUACACUAACAUUUAACAGGGGAGGAAAUGUGGUAUCCUUACGACAUGGAACUAACAUUAAGAUAAAGACUUGUGAUUCCGUAAAUACUGUACUGUAAACCUGUGAUUCCGUAAAUACUGUGUUGUGUUAGUUCUAGUGGUUUCAUGUUCUUAUUUAGUCAUUUCUGUACUAUUGUUCUAGAAGGUUCUUUCUAGUAUUGUUUUUGUAUAAAUAGCCUGUGUAUUUUGUAUCAGAGUUCUGAUUUAAUGAAUUAUUGAAGUUAUCUCA